AUGGGAGGGAAUCGUUCAACGAAAUGGCAGAUACCGGAAAAGAAAGCUCAGGCGCCGCCUGCAACGACCGCUGUGGUUGCCCUUCCCCGUGUCCUGGCGGCGAUUCUUGCAGGUGCAAGAGCAGCGAGGAGGGGCACAUGAUGUGCCCGUGCGGGGCGCACUGCGGCUGCAACCCCUGCAACUGCACCAAGACCCAAGUCUCCGGGACGGGCAAGGCCUUCUGCAAGUGCGGCGAUGCUUGCUCCUGCGCGACCUGUGCCGCUUAGAGCCACGACUCACACUUUGUAUGCUUUGUUGAUAAAAUAAAAGCUCCUUUUGUUA